GCCUUACAUACUGAGCUGUCAUGGCGGCCGUCCUCAGGGAGAGCUUUCCAGCUGAGAGCCCUGGCUGUGCUGUAACCGGGAGCCGGUGACUGGCAGGUAAACCGCGGGCUGUGGGAGGGUGCAGCUACUCUGAUAUCUACAGCUUGUCCUUUGUAACCCUCCUAAUUCGCACUACUGAGAAUGGAGGCCACCCAGCUCCAUGGUCCCAUCCCCAAUAACAGACACCAUGCCUUGUACUGAGAAUGGAGGCCACCCAGCUCCAUGGUCCCAUCCCCAAUAACAGACACCAUGCCUUGUACUGAGAAUGGAGGCCACCCAGCUCCAUGGUCCCAUCCCUAAUAACACACAAUGCCUUGUACUGAGAAUGGAGGCCACCCAGCUUCAUGGUCCCAUCCCUAAUAACAGACACCAUGCCUUGUACUGAGAAUGGAGGCCACCCAGCUCCAUGGUCCCAUCCCCAAUAACAGACACCAUGCCUUGUACUGAGAGUGGAGGCCACCCAGCUCCAUGGUCCCAUCCCUUAAUAACAGACACCAUGCCUUGUACUGAGAAUGGAGGCCACCCAGCUCCAUGGUCCCAUCCCUAAUAACACACAAUGCCUUGUACUGAGAAUGGAGGCCACCCAGCUCCAUGGUCCCAUCCCUAAUAACAGACACCAUGCCUUGUACUGAGAAUGGAGGCCACCCAGCUCCAUGGUCCCAUCCCUAAUAACAGACACCAUGCCUUGUACUGAGAAUGGAGGCCACCCAGCUCCAUGGUCCCAUCCCUAAUAACAGACACCAUGCCUUGUACUGAGAAUGGAGGCCACCCAGCUCCAUGGUCCCAUCCCUAAUAACAGACACAAUGCCUUGUACUGAGAAUGGAGGCCACCCAGCUCCAUGGUCCCAUCCCUAAUAACAGACACCAUGCCUUGUACUGAGAAUGGAGGCCACCCAGCUCCAUGGUCCCAUCCCUAAUAACACACAAUGCCUUGUACUGAGAAUGGAGGCCACCCAGCUUCAUGGUCCCAUCCCUAAUAACAGACACCAUGCCUUGUACUGAGAAUGGAGGCCACCCAGCUCCAUGGUCCCAUCCCCAAUAACAGACACCAUGCCUUGUACUGAGAGUGGAGGCCACCCAGCUCCAUGGUCCCAUCCCUUAAUAACAGACACCAUGCCUUGUACUGAGAAUGGAGGCCACCCAGCUCCAUGGUCCCAUCCCUAAUAACAGACACCAUGCCUUGUACUGAGAAUGGAGGCCACCCAGCUCCAUGGUCCCAUCCCUAAUAACAGACACAAUGCUUGUACUGAGAAUGGAGGCCACCCAGCUCCAUGGUCCCAUCCCUAAUAACAGACACAAUGCCUUGUACUGAGAAUGGAGGCCACCCAGCUCCAUGGUCCCAUCCCUAAUAACAGACACAAUGCCUUGUACUGAGAAUGGAGGCCACCCAGCUCCAUGGUCCCAUCCCUAAUAACAGACACCAUGCCUUGUACUGAGAAUGGAGGCCACCCAGCUCCAUGGUCCCAUCCCUAAUAACAGACACAAUGCCUUGUACUAAGAAUGGAGGCCACCCAGCUCCAUGGUCCCAUCCCUAAUAACAGACACAAUGCCUUGUACUGAGAAUGGAGGCCACCCAGCUCCAUGGUCCCAUCCCCAAUAACACACAAUGCCUUGUACUGAGAAUGGAGGCCACCCAGCUCCAUGGUCCCAUCCCUAAUAACAGACACAAUGCCUUGUACUGAGAAUGGAGGCCACCCAGCUCCAUGGUCCCAUCCCUAAUAACAGACACAAUGCCUUGUACUGAGAAUGGAGGCCACCCAGCUCCAUGGUCCCAUCCCCAAUAACACACAAUGCCUUGUACUGAGAAUGGAGGCCACCCAGCUCCAUGGUCCCAUCCCUAAUAACAGACACCAUGCCUUGUACUGAGAAUGGAGGCCACCCAGCUCCAUGGUCCCAUCCCUAAUAACACACAAUGCCUUGUACUGAGAAUGGAGGCCACCCAGCUCCAUGGUCCCAUCCCUAAUAACACACAAUGCCUUGUACUGAGAAUGGAGGCCACCCAGCUCCAUGGUCCCAUCCCUAAUAACAGACACAAUGCUUUGUACUGAGAAUGGAGGCCACCCUUUAGCCCCACCCCCGUUGGUAGCCAAUGAGCAUCCAGCAUAGUCCAUAUAGUGAAUGAUCCCCAAUAUUCUCCCUUUUUCCAGCUGCAAAUCUAGAAGAAGUAUCUAGUAGAGUAACUCCAAGGAUAGAAUGAUGAAACUCCAAACAGGAUUAAGCUGAAAUAUAUAAAUAACAGGGUGGGUUAAUGGGAGGGAUAAUACUCGCCUCUUGUCUUUAAUAAAAUCUUUAUUUUCUGACUUCAAGACUAGGAAAAUCUUGAAUUUUAGACAGGAGGCUCGUAUUAUGCAUGUCCAAAGCUAAAUAGUCAUAAUAUAAAAUACAUCAGAAGUUAAUACAAUAUUAUUUUUUAAACAUGCAGGCUAGGUCUAAAAUUGUUUAAAUGUAGAUUCUGAAGACCAAUCUGCAGUUUUUAACAGAUCUGAUUAAGAGCCUCCUGCUUAAAACACUUUAGUAGUCAUAGCUCCUCUUGAUGAGUGAGCUCCAAACAUUGAAAUAGUAAUACCUGCCAUAGACAUAGUUUGUCGUACCCAUCUAGCUAAAGAUGUAGAGGAGACAGGCAGAAAAGGUUUACGAAAAGAGAUUAGUAAUUGCGAGAAAUUACAAUUUCGAAUCAAAGAGGUUUUAAACUCAUAUGUUUCAAGACAACUAACAACACAUAGAAGAGGAUAGUCAGAAAAUGAAGGAUAGAAUACAGUGCGGAGAUUAGUUUCGGUACGUCUAACAAUAGAAAAAUUAACACCAUCAGGAGUAUAUUGUCUAUUAUUUAAGUCUUAAGCCUUAACGUCAGAAACUCUUUUGAAAGGGAUGAAACAUAGUAAUGUGGUAAGCUUAAACAAAAGCAAUUUUAAGGAUAAUGAGUCAUUGGCACCCCAUGAUUCUAUCAACUGGAGUACCAGAGUAACAUCCCAGAUGGAAUUAUAUUUAGGGCAUGGAGGACGUAUAAGUCUGCAGACUAGAGGAUGUUAACCCACAGGGAAAAAUUCAAUAGGGUCGUGAUUUGCUGAGAUAGCAGAUCUAUAGAAAUUAAUGAUGCGAUAAGCUUUCCUUGAGUCAAAAAAGGCUGACAAAAAAUUUAGAAUGUUUGCUAAAUCCGAAUGUAUGGGAUCCACUGCCUGUCCCAUGCACCAAUUAAGCCAAAUUUUCCAAGCUGAUCUGUAAUUUGCACGGGUUCCCGAUGCCCAUGCUUCUAAAAGAAUGUCUCUAGUAAUGUUUGAAAAUUCACUAUGAGAUUCGAAUGACCCGAAAUGAGAGAUGCAAUCAAGGGAAGUUGGCCUGACAGCAAUAGAGGAUGAAAAAUUCCCUCCGGAUCACGAAGAGAAUCCUGAUGCAUCUGUAUGAGUCGUGGGUAGUCUGUCAGCCUGCUGAGAAGCUGAGGGAACCGUGGUCGUGAUGGCCAGAGAGGGGUUAUAACUACUAAGGUCGAUUUCUGGGACCAUGCUUUCAGAAGUACCCGGGAUAUCAUCGUAAACUGGGGGAAAGCAUAAUUGAUUCUGUCUUUCCAACAUUGGAGGAAAGCAUCUUAAUCUACUGCUUCUGGAUCCGGACGCCAACUGAAAAAUGUUUCUAGUUGGUGAUUGAGUCGUGAUGCAAAGAGGUCGUAUUGAAAUGGACCCCACAGAGCAAGUAGUCGCUGGAAGAUGUUGGGAUCCAACAUCCAGUCGCUGUAAUCCACUAGGAAACGGGAAUUCCAAUCUGCUACUGUAUUGGAAAGGCCGGGAAGGUAUUCUGCUCGUAACGUUAUAUUUCGAUCUAAAUAUGCCAUAAUUCUUUGGCAAUGUCCGCCAGUUGCUUGGAUUUUGUACCUCCUAAGCGAUUUAUAUAUUGGACUGCUGAUAUGUUGUCCAUCUUGAGAAGGAUACAACAAUGGGAUUUGUGUUUUGCAAAACUGCGUAGAGCGAAAAACCCUGCCAUGAGUUCCAGGCAGUUUAUAUGCAUAUUCGUUUCUUCUAGAGACCAAUUGCCUCCACAACGGGCUCCCCAGCCUAAUCAACUUGCGUCGGAUUCUAUAGUUAGGUCUGGGAGUGACGUGAAAAUGGCUUUCCCAUUCCAAAUUUGAACGUGAUCUAACCACCAGGAUAAUUCUGUUCUUGUCUCUGAAGUUAGAGAAAUCCCGUCUGAAUAGAGGAGACCGUUGCGAAGAUGUUCUUUUCAAUCUUUGAAGGGCCCGAUAGUGAAGGGGGGGCUGGAAAGAUAGCCUGGAUCGAGGCUGUUAAAAGACCUACAAUCCGUGCUAAAGACCUGAUGAAAAUUAAUUCCUUCUUUAGAACUGACCUGAUCUCUUUUCGAAUCGUUUUCAAUUUCAGUGAUGGAGGGCUGAGAGUGGCUAAAUUUGAAUUCACUAGAAAUCCUAAAAAUUCUAUCUCCUGAGAGGGAGUUAAAAUCGGGGUUUUGGUUUGUUUUUGUUUUUUUUAAUUUUUUUUUAUUUAUUACAAAGCCAAGGCUUGUUAACAGAUUCAAUGUCCAUUGAGAAUGUAGUUGAAGAGUUUGCACAAAUUUUUUGCCUAAUCAAUAUGUCGUCUAGAUAGAUUAUAAUUUUUACUCCCCUGCUUCGAAGUAGGAAUAUUACUGGUUUGAGUAAUUUGGUGAAACACCAAGGUGUAGAGGAUAAACCAAAUGGCAAUGAUUUGAAUUGCCAUUUCUUCCCUUGCCAUAGGAACUGUAAAUAUUUCUGACAUGAGUGGUGGAUAGGUACCGUGAGGUAUGCAUCCUUCAAAUCUAUUUUGAUCAACCAGUCUUUGAAUAGCAAUAGGUCUUUGAGGUAAUAAAUUCCCUCCAUUUUGAAAUGGUGGUAUCUGACAAAAUUGUUUAAGUAUUUCAAGUUUUUUGACUGGUCUGUGACCAGAAUCUUUCCUUUUCACCAAGAAUACAUUGCUUAUGAAGCCUGGGCUGCUCAUGGGCACCUGUAUGAUGGUAUUUUUUUGAGCAUAAACUUAAUAUUUGUUGAUUCACCAUGGCCUGGUCUUGAGUCGAAAAAUUUAUUGGGAAAGGCAUGUUUCUUUGGACGGGGCAUGAUAUAAAAUCUAUUUUUUUUUUUAACCUAGAACCGUGUCUAGUAUCCAAAAUUCUUUGUAAUCUGACUCUAGGCAUGGGAAAAAACAAGUGAGUCUGCCCCCUAACCCUACCAGGGAAGAAAGGGGGGUUGUUGUACUCACUGGAUGAAGAUCUGAAGCGAGACAUUCCUCGAUGGCCUCUUGAUUUCCAAGGUCUGCCACGUAGUGGAAAGAAUGGAGUUGAUUGUUGGGUGACAUGAGGGCCUGGUGGGUUGAAAGAUGUUCCUUGGAACCUUUCUAUGUUGAAAGGAACAGCUGGAAGAACGGUUCCUUCCUCUUCCAGCCCUUCCGAAAACCUUAGGGUUGAAAACUUUCCUCAGGGAUGACUGAGCCUUAUCAAGGGAACUAAAUAGAUUGACCUAUUAAUGUCCUUAAUAAAGGAUUUUCCGAAUAGGAGACCUUCCGCAGCUGGACCAGGUUCGGAAGUGGCUAAAUUUGACAGUUGAGGGUCAAUUUUCAUUAAAAUAGACCUGCGGCGUUCACUGGUUAGCAUUCCCCAAAAAGCAUAUAAUGUGUUGAGUCCAGCCUCUCAAAGUAUCAAUGCUGGGAGGAUUCCCAGAAGCUGCCGCAUGUUCUAAAGUUUCAAACAUUUUUAGCCACAGGGCCAGAAAUGUCCAUUAAUUUAUCUUGACAAGAUUUUAGUGAUCUGUCAAGACCUUUAUUUGGGUUCUUCCCUGAUUUUUGUUAAAAAUUGCAUAAUAGUGGGAUCUAGAUCAGGGGUCUGUGCAACUUUCAUUGACAAGGUCAGUCAUUCAGCUCUUAGUUUAUUUCUAGCUGCUUGGUCAAGGGGUUUCCUAAACCAGUAUUCAAGAAAUUUGGCUACAUGAGCCAUAGGAACCCAUUCGGCUGACCUGGGGUGUUUUAAUAUGGUCUGGGUCGAAUAAUGGUUUACCAUUAAAAUCUGAAAUAAUAUUUUCUUCAUCAGAUUUAGAGAUAAGCUCAGGUGUUUCUGAGGUAUAUGAAUAAUUUGAGGCAGAAUCGGUCAAAUUUUUCAUCCCCUGAGAUUGAAGAUGAGUCACUAUGUGAGGAAGUUUUAUAGGAGUCAGGUUUGCUCCUGUGAAUGGCCUUCCGAGCUCGUUUGUCUUCCUCACGAGCAGAGGGUCUUUUGAGUGAUUGAUUACACUCUUCAGUUUUGCGUGAGACACUCGUUGUGUUCUUGUCUUGGUCCUUCCCUAUCUUAAGUGGCUUAGAGCCGCCAGGGGAUUCUGCAGGACCGUCAAAGCAAUGUUUGCGUUUUUGGGUGGCCUUCCCAGACCUCCUAAAACCUUGAGCUAGGUUCCAUUCAGACUCCACAGAUGACCAGAACUGGUCUGAAGGAGUACUAAUUAAAUGAGUCUUCUCACUGGGUUUUGAGUUGCUUAUGGCUUGAGCCACAGACUUUGCAAUUGCUUCUUGCAUAGAAGACAUUGCAGCAUAAAUUGCAGAGGAAACUGACUUUUGAACGGAUAAAUCCACAAUAUUUUGUAAAGAAUCCUCAGUGAGGAUUUCACAGUCAUGAGAAACACCAGGUUUUGGUGACUCAAUUUGUCUAAUCUCUUUAGAAUUCAUAAUUUACAAAAUUGCAACAAAUCGCAAUUGUAUCUACUAUUUGAGAAUAGUUGAAUAAUAAAAAUGUUGCCAACUAUGAGGGGAAAUCCUGACAGGAAAAAUCUAAUAGUUCAAAUAAUAAUAAUUACCAGUAAAGAGUAACAAGUUGUGAAGAAAAACGCUGUCCUGAGGUAAAGUGGGCGGGAAAGUUAGCUGAGGAGCAACUAACUGGUAUUCCCGCCCAUAAAACGUCAUCAAUGUAUGAGGGACUAACUGACAAACGCGCGUGCAGCGGUUCGCAUAAAACUGCCGAAAUGACUGAAAAGUGAAUUGACCGUUCGUAUACAAAAAACCCGCGAACGCGAGAAUAAUAAAGUAAUACGAAAAGUAAAUGGGUACAAUUUGUGUGAAAAAACUAACGAAUGUGAUUCAUAGAAAUAACUGACCUAACCGUUCAAAGACAAAAUAGUCUAUCCCCAUCUGUCGUUCCAGUCCUUAUAUAGGAUGAGUGUAACUGCUUCAUACUGCAGCUGCUGUCAGUUUAUACUGCGCUUAGUUCAUAGUUUUGGGAGGUGGAUUGUGCAGAGAGAGAUCUUCCCACUUGCAUUUGCGUAAUCCAGAUUUUGUACGCACAAAUUGAGCAAAACUGACACUAGAAAGGAAGAAGUAAAAACUCUUCAAUUUCAGUUUCUCAGCCAUUGGACUGGCUAAUAGAUUCAUUUAUUUAUUUUUUCAGAUCACUGAUAGUACUUGGUAUUGCACCGUAAUCUUUGCAAUCAUGCAAAAGUUAUGGAUCUUAGACAAAACAUUUAAAACGUGUUUUCUGUUUUUAAAGCUAUAGACAAUGUCUCUGCUCUUUGAAGCUUCCAACAUAAUAAACAUUGUUGGACCAACUGCUGUUUGAAAUGUAACGGCUUAGUUCCCUUCAGAAACAAACUGCCGUGUAUGAAUGUUUGCUCUUAACUUUCCUCAAGUCUUAGACCAGAUCUAUAUCCCCCCUUUUAAUAUUUGAAUGGAAGGAUCAGGUAGGUACUCAUUCUAUAUUUUGCAGGUUACAUUGGCAGGAAGUGUAUAGCUUCCAAGAUGUUCUUAAAGCCUACCACUCAUCUAAGAUGGCUGCCAUAUAUAAGAGAGAGACGGUGUGUCUGCCAAACCCAUGGUCCAUAGUUAGCUUCAGCCUUAUUUGCCCACUAAGAAGUGAUGUGGUUCCCAAAGAGACCAUGGUCUCUGUGCGUCAUUGAAAAGGAAAAUUAUUCCUUUUCAGAAGCUGACCUGUGUGUGGGCAGAGUCCGGUUUAAUGCUUUACAUUUGACAUGGUGAAUCUUGAAACCAAAAUAAACUCCUCCAGGGUCCGAAUGAGACUAGGUUGAGAAAAUAUUGCUGAAGUUCGGAAAAGCAGAAUAUCAAGUAUGCAAGUAAACUCCAUUUAUAUUUCGCCUCCCCACUAAAGGCCAGUUUCUUGAUGGCUUAAUGCAAACAGAAGGUGGGACACUGGGCACACCUGUCUAGUCCCAUUACAAAUGAGGAGCAACCUGGAAAGCCUUUCCCUUGCUUCCACUGUGGCUUCUGGGCAGGAGUACCGAUCCCUAAUGUCUUUCAAAAAGUCUUCGCCAAACCCCUCUAAAACCAUCCAUAGGUAGCUUCAGUCCACAUGGUCAUUAGCCUUCUCUGCGUCCAAUGACUAUGGAAAGCUGGCAUGCCUGAGGCCUCAACCAAAUGACCAAAUCCACUUUUCUCCUAAUAUUAUCUGGAGCUUCCCUCCCUGGAAUUAAUCCAUCCUGGUCUGGAUCUACAAUAUACAAUCAGGUCCAUAAAUAUUGGGACAUCGACACAAUUCUAAUCUUUUUGGCUCUAUACACCAGCACAAUGGGUUUGAAAUGAAACAAACAAGAUGUGCUUUAAUUUGAGGGUAUUUACAUCCAAAUCAGGGGAACGGUGUAGGAAUUACAACAGUUUGUAUAUGUGCCUCCCACUUUUCAAGGGACCAAAAGUAAUGGGACAAUUGGCUGCUCAGCUGUUCCAUGGCCAGGUGUCUGUUAUUCCCUCAUUAUCCCAUUUACAAGGAGCAGAUAAAAGGUCAAGAGUUCAAGUGUGCUAUUUGCAUUUGGAAUCUGUUGCUGUCAACUCUCAAUAUGAGAUCCAAAGAGCUGUCCCUAUCAGUGAAGCAAGCCAUCAUUAAGCUGAAAAAACAAAUCAAACCCCUCAGAGAGAUAGCAAAAACAUUAGGUGUGGCCAAAUCAACUGUUUGGAACAUCCUUAAAAAAAAUUUAAAAAAAUAAAUAAAAUGCACCGGUGAGCUCAGCAACACCAAAAGACCCGGAAGACCACGGAAAACAACUGUGGUGGAUGACCGAAGAAUUCUUUCCCUGGUGAAGAAAACACCAUUCACAACAGCUGGCCAGAUCAAGAACCCUCUCCAGGAGGUAGGUGUAUGUGUUGCAAAGUCAACAAUCGAGAAGACUUCACCAGAGUGAAUACAGAGGGUUCACCACAAGAUGUAAACCAUUGGUGAACCUCAAAAACAGGAAGGCCAGAUUAGAGUUUGCCAAACAACAUCUAAAAAAGUCUUCACAGUUCUGGAACAACAUCCUAUGGACAGAUGAGACCAAGAUCAACUUGUACCAGAGUGAUUGGAAGAGAAGAGUAUGGAGAAGGAAAGGAACUGCUCAAGAUCCAAAGCAUACCACCUAAUCAGUAAAGCAUGGUGGUGGUAGUGUCAUGGCGUGGGCAUGUAUGGCUGCCAAUGGAACUGGUUCUCUUGUAUUUAUUGAUGAUGUGACUGCUUACAAAAGCAGCAGGAUGAAUUCUGAAGUGUUUCGGGCAAUAUUGUCUGCCCAUAUUCAGCCAAAUGCUUCAGAACUCAUUGGACGGCGCUUCACAGUGCAGAUGGACAAUGACCCGAAGCAUACUGCAAAAGCAACCAAAGAGUUUUUUGUUUUUUAAGGGAAAGAAGUGGAAUGUUAUGCAAUGGCCAAGUCAAUCACCUGACCUGAAUCAGAUUGAGCAUGCAUUUCACUUGAUGAAGACAAAACUGAAGGAAAAAUGCCCCAAAAACAAGCAGGAACUGAAAACCGUUGCAGUAGAGGCCUGGCAGAGCAUCACCAGGGAUGAAACCCAGCGUCUGGUGAGGUCUAUGCGUUCCAGACUUCAGGCUGUAAUUGACUGCAAAGGAUUUGCAACCAUGUAUUAAAAAGUGAAAGUUUGAUUUAUGACUGUUAAUCUGUCCCAUUACUUUUGGUCCCUUAAAAAGUGGGAGGCAGAUAUACAAACUGUUGUAAUUCCUACACAGUUCACCUGAUUUGAAUGUAAAUACCCUCAAAUUAAAGCUGAAAGUCUGUAAAGCACAUCUUGUUUGUUUCAUUUCAAGCCAAUUGUGUUGGUGUAUAGAGCCAAAAAGAUUAGAAUUGUGUCAAUGUCCCAAUAUUUAUGGACCUGAGUGUAUAAGGUAGUCGCAUGGGUAAAAAUUUUCGAGCCUUUGUAUUGCCCAAGAGAGUCUAAUCCUGUCCCUGCAAGAAUCUAAUAUAGAACGGUGAGAUGUGGCAGGAGAAUUACUUUUCUUAUAAUAAAAUACCAAGCAACCAUGCGGUCACAGUAUAAUUUUUUUUUUUUUUUAUCCCAAAAUAUUAAAUCAUUUAAAAAGCUUUAUCCUAAAUGACCUGUAUUAAAGGGACACUGUAGGCACCCAGACCACUUCAGCUCAUUGAAGUGGUCUGCGUGCUGUGUCCCUUUUGCACCUAGUGCUGCAAUGUUAAACAUAGCGGUUCCAGACAGCCACGAGGGCGCUUCCGGAAUCGUAACAGACUUUUGGUCCAUUAUCUGGUGCUGGACAUCCUCACGCUCUGCAUGAGGACCUCCAGCAUCUUAUUUUACCCAUAGGGAUGGUUUGAUUCAAUGCUGUCCUAUGCGGAGGUCUAAUGCGCGUAUGGCAUUUGCGGCACAUGCGCAUUAGAUUCCGCUCGUCGUGGCACGGAGGGGGGCAGAGCUUUGACCCAGCUCAGAGGGACAUCGUCGCUGGGAUAAGGUAAGUAAAUGUUUUUUUAACCCUCUAUUUACUAGGGAGGGGGAGCAGAGGGAUCAGUAGUGCCAGGAAUACAGCUUUGUAUUCCUGGCACUACAGUAUCCCUUUAAAUAGAGGCCUUAGUUGGAUGAAUUUACUAGUUAUGAUAUAGACCUGUUAUGCCCUCCAUCCAGGGUGAGCUGUAAACUCUAGGUGGCCUAUUUAACUGUUUGGAACUCUUGACUGGAGUCAGAAGUGCUCUGGAUAGACUUCGCAGUGCUUGAGACUAAAUAUGUGAUGGCAGUGAAAUUCUGGAGGAAAAAAAAAAAGUACUAUGACUGUUAACUUCCAGCGAGCUACUAAAGGAGCUUCCAUGUUGAGAACCAUGUCAAACUUUAGAGCAGCAUCUGAUUGGCGCAGCACUGCAUUUGCCACACAUGCGCACUAGCCUGAGAUUGACUGAGCUCAUCAAGAUCUCCAUUACAGCGCCUUCAUGUCCUCCACUUCAUGGUUAUUACUCUUCUUGUAACAACUACGUACAGUCCGCUUACGCUCUGCCUGCUGUCUUGUUUUAUUUGCCCUACUUGGGCAAGUACUAAAUAAAUAAGCACAUCUUCGAGGGCACCUACAUAGAAUUGAGUGGCUGUCUAACUUUGUAUUUUACACGAUUUUUCUCUAACUAUUAAAGUACCGUGGCUCUGUUGAUAACUGUAUUUAAGGAGAGGAAAUCGUUCAAGUACGUAAGGAUUGAUAUGUCAUAAAUUGGUCAAAAAUAUUGUACAGCUAUUAAGAAGAACAAAGCAGAUCCCCGACACUCAAUUGGAUUGAAUUGGGUUAUGUUUUAACUUCUAUUCCCUAACAACCUAUUGGUUUAGGCAAGUUUUCACUCCUCCACAAAAACUAAAACUAAAGAACAUAGUGCAAUAGAGUAAAUCCAAAAAAGUGUAUAAAUACCGAUAUUACUUUGUAAUACCUGCUCCAGGUACAAUACACCUUCAGCCGAUUUUAAGUCCAUAUCUGUGUUUUUUUUGUUACCACACUAACUUAAAUCGGCACGAGGUGUUGUACCUAGAGCUGUUGUUACAAAGGCACUCUCAGGUGUGCCCAAUAAUAGAAGUGCCAUACCUGUGUGUGUAUACCUUACCAAUGGUAAUAUACUAGAUGCCUGUUUUUCUCAGAACAGCAAAUGUCAAAUGGUUGCUGUUUAGGUGGUGUGCUACCUUUUAUAGGCACAGAAGCGCAAAAGAUCAAAGCCACCAUAUUCUCUCUCUCUCUCUCUCUCCCCCCCCCUCCCCCCUCCUUUACUUUAACUAAUUGUCCACUCUUUCUUACAGGGAGACCCAUGUUACCUCGUCAUCUUCAUAGUUUGGGCAGAAACUAUAUUGCCCGAUCAGAAUACCCUAAGGCUCUGUUUAUGAACAGGCCUAGUUUUUGUUACCCAUGGUGGACUGGACAUCAUCCCUGGGCUCCAUACCCACCAGUCAACAAUUGCCAUCCUCCAGUAAACUGGAGACCUCACCAUUCUUUUGGACCAGUAAGAACUUCAUAUCCAAAUUAUUUUCAUUGGAACGCCCCUCAAUCAUCUUGGAUUCAUUUUUCUAACUUUAACAUGGCAUCUAAGGGAGAUGAGCCGUUACCGAAACGUUUCAAAACUGCCGACGAAAGCCGUCCUGAAAAAGUGUCCUCUAAAAGAUCAUACAGUCCAGCUAAAGAUUUCAUAGUCCCACCAAUGUCUAAUUCUUCUGCUUUACCUUCCUCCAAGAAUCUUGGAAAAGAGGCACCUUUCAAAGGUGAGUUGUUGUGUUUUUUUUUUUUGUUUGUUUGUUUUUUUCUGUUUAAGAGAAAUGUAUGGGGGGACGGGGCGGGGAGAAAUGCAGUCACAUUUUCACUUUUGCAGUAAUCUGCAAAUGCAUGGGUGUAGACAGCUGGCAUGGGGAACUUUGGGUUUAGCUAUGUCUAAAGAGUUCAUUGGAUUGCAGGUGCUGAGGACUGAAAUAACUGACCCUUGCCAGGAAACUCAUGGCUCUACAGCCAAUACCCAUUGCUGUUAGUGGUUAUGUUGCUUAGACUGCUGUUUUAAAGUGUGACCUGCCAGUUUGGUAGACACAACAUGGCUGUAAAUGAUAGGAAUGUAUGUUGAAUUGAUUUACAGUCAAAGUUCUCUUUGUUUAACAGGACCGAUUAGAAGACAGUGGGAGGAUUUUAACCACUGUUAUAUGGAAAAAUCUAGUGCUCAACAUGGUCACAGAAGAUCUCCUAUAAAAUUUGACUUCACUGUUCUAUCCUAUAACAUUCUUUCUCAAGACUUGCUGGAGGACAACUCUCACCUAUACAGUCAUUGCCGAAGGCCAGUUCUUUUCUGGAGCUACAGACUCCCCAAUAUUCUCAAAGAGCUCAAAGAGAUGGAUGCUGAUGUAAGUGUAACUUAAUUGCCAUAGGUUCUUCCCUCAAGGUCAAUCAGUGAUAAUUGAACUCUUCUUAAUUCCAUGCUGGCAGACUUCCUUGGCACCUAUAUUGUGGUUUCUUAAAUCUGCUUCGAUCUGGAUUUAUUUUUAUUUUUUUCUCAUUUGUAUUAAAGGGACAAUAUACUUACUAGACCAACUACAGCUUAUUGUAUUUGUUCUGGUGACUAGAAUCAUUCUCUUCAGGCUUUUUGCUGUAAACACUGUCUUUCCAGAGAAAAUGCUGAGUUUAUAUUACAGCCUAGUAAUAAUUCCACCGGCCUCAUGGCUACUAGAGGUGCUUCCUGGGGCAGUGCUGCCUAGAAUGCAUCACAACAUUCAGUGUGUCCACCCUCUGCAUGCAGACACUGAACUUUCCUCAUAGAGAUGCAUUGAUUCAAUUAAUCUGUAUAAUGAGAUGCUGAUUAGCCAGGGCUGUGUUUAACUUGUGCUGGUAAUGCCUCUGAUCUACCUCCCUGACAAUCUCAGCCAAUCCUAUGGAGAAGCAUUGUGAGUGGAUCAGACCACCACUUCUGAUGAUGUCAGCAGACAGGGGCAUAGCCAGCAGCUGCAGACUUGAAUACAAGUAAGAUGUUACCAUCUUUAGGGGGGCAAGAGGGGCUCAGGGGGGCUUGAUGGUGGUUUUAACAUAAAAGGGUCAGGAAUACAUGUUUGGGAGAUGAGCGGCGUAAUUAACUUUUACUCGACUCAUCUAACCGCUCGUAAACGCUCACAUCACGUGCAUGAUGUAGUGUUCACUAUUUCUGACAGAGAAGCAUUAGAUUCAAUGCUUCUCUAUCAGAAUGAUCUGAUUGGAGGGUUGCUGUUCUUGUUGCACAUGCUCCAUAGGUCCAACAAAUCUUCUCUCUGAGAGGCAUUUGAUGGGACCUCAGACCAAAAGCACAGAGGUGGGUUAACCUGGGUGUAGGCUGAGAGAGCUUCAGGGAAAACUUGGUUCCAGCACAGUGUUCAAGGUAAGGAUUAUUUAUUGCCUUUAUAUUAGGGUGUGUUUUUUGGUUGUUUUUUAUUUAUUUAUUUUUAUAUUGAAAACAAACAGGGGAAUUGUAAGUGCCAGUGUCACAUUUAGUACAAAAUAAGUAUUCAUGAAUAAUAUGCUUUUGGUAAUCUUUCAAAUGGACACUAUAUGACACUAGAGCACUGCAAUUUAACUGCAUGUCUCGGCAGGCUUAUGCUAUAAUCUCAUUGUUGGUGUGUCCCAAUGCUGCUGCUGUUUUUAAUCUAUGUAAGCUACAUGCACAAUGGGCAGGAACAAUUUUUUUAUUUUAUUUAUUAUUUUUUUUUUUAUAUAUCCGAUGAAGAUGUUCUUUGCAAUGUAAUUGUGUCUGGGGAAUUUACUCUCUUCCAUAUAUUUUUACAGAUACUUUGUUUACAAGAGGUUCAAGAAAAUCACUACCGCACCCAGAUCAAGCCCAGUUUGGAAGCUCUUGGUAUGCAGUAUUAAUGUUUUUCCAAAGGUUUGGCUCAUGGGAUUCCUGAUUUUAUCAGGAAUUUACAACCCUGUUGUAAUGCAAAUUAAUUUUAGAAUUUAAAGGGACCAUAAAGCUUAAUGUUGGUACUGUUGUCUAUAGUGUAUUUCUGGAGGCUGAGCACUGUAAAUGCUACAUUUUCAGAGAAUUUCCAAGAAUCUACAGAUUGCCAUCUAAAUUACUCUAAAUUCUAGUGCUCUCUGCAUGAUAACCUGCAAGUUCAGAGUGUCAGGAAGGAGACCUAGAUACAUAACCUUGAAUCUUGUCAGACCAGAAUCAAACACUGUAGCAACAGAAGAGCUGUUCCACCCUGCAUCAACCUAAUGUGUGUGUGUGUGUGUGUGUGUGUGUGUGUGUGUGUGUUUGAAACCAUAUUUGUCUGAUUCUAAAUCCUAGUUUUUUGUUAAUUUCAGGUUACCACUGUGAAUACAAAACACGAACUGGAAGUAAGCCUGACGGUUGUGCCAUUUGCUUCAAGUCCUCUAAGUUUCUUUUAACAAUGACAAAACCUGUGGAGUAUUAUCGGGAGCACAUUAAUCUGUUAGACAGAGAUAACAUUGGCCUUAUUCUUCUACUCCAGCCCAGAGUAGAUCAGGAAGCGCCCUCAAUAUGUAUAGCAAAUACACACUUGUUAUAUAACCCACGGAGAGGAGACAUUAAACUGACUCAGCUGGCAAUUCUUUUGGCAGAAAUUUCUGGUGUUGCACAUUUGACAGACAGCAGUUCUUGUCCUAUUGUCCUUUGUGGAGACUUUAAUUCUGUACCUGGCUCUCCCUUACACAGCUUUAUAAAAGAAGGGGUGUUGAACUAUGGGGGAUUAUCAAUUGGAAAGGUAAGGAGCCAUCUUGUGUGGGGGGUGUGGGUACUAUAUCCAGUACAUUUACUGGUUUUAAUUAAAGGGACACUAUAAUCUCCAAACAACUUUAACUUAACGUAGCAGUUUUGGUGUAUAGAACCUGCACUGCUCAAUUCUCUGCCAUUUGGGAGUUAAAUCGAUUUGUUUAUGCAGUCCUAGUCACACCUUCCUGCAUGUGACUUACUACAUUACACAGCCUUUCUAAACACUUUCUGUAAAGAGUCCUCUAACAUUUACACUUUAUUGCAGAUUCUGUAAUUCAUCUCUUGCACUGUUAAUAACUUGGGUCCAAAAUAGCCAAACUAUUUGUAUUUUUAAUUUGGUUUUGUGUUUUUUGGUUUUGUAUUGUAUUUUUUUCUUUCCCCAGGUUUCAGGCCAGGAGCAGUAUUCUUCAGGAAGAAGGCCUUUAUCUGUUCCUAUUUGGCCAGACUCACUCGGCAUCUCCCAGAACUGUGUUUAUGAAUCAAAGGAAAGCACAGAAAAGGCUGGUAUGUGUUGUGUUGUUUAUUACUAUUAUUGGGACAAGCUGCAUCCAGGACAUUCUGUUCAGUUUGUGUCCUACAAAUAAAGUUUAGACAUGGGGAUAUUUUAUGGAUAUGAGAGGUAUUUUAUUUAACACUGAAAAAUCUUAAGAGCCAUGUAAUCAGCGUACCGCUGCAUGUAAUUCUAAUGGUUAUGGUGCAUGAUUUCUAUGGGUAAUGCUCAGAAAUAUUUGGGAUAUGUGGCAAACCAUUUUGAGCCUUCUGCUCGGAUAGUCGAGAAUUUAUGUAACAAUUGUGUGGAUGUUCUUAAGAAGUAAGUAAAAUGUUCUAUAAUUUUCACUUUUUAUUCUUUAGAAGAACAAGCAAUUGAAGAGCAGUCUGUACAGAACAAAAGGUAUAUUUUUAUGGAGAACUUCUUUUGACACACAUUUGAAGAGAAACACAUCAUGUGUGUGCUGUUUUAGCUGGAAAAUAACUAGUUCUUUUGUGAAGCAUUUAAGACCAUGCAGUUUCACACUUGACCAUCACAGUAGAUCAGUCUGCAUGUAAUGUGCAUAUACCAUCAACACUCUUCUAGCCACCCACUGACCUCUGUGGGUAGCAUUAUCAUAUAUUUCUACUGUACUGCAAUGUGCUUGUUUUCAUACAUAGGCCUCAAUUCAAUAUUUUUGGAUAAGCCUUUUGUUAAUUAUUUAUCUACAGAAAUCACCAAUAAAGUCUAUAUGGGGAGUUUUGUAGAUAAAUAAUUUUGAAAAGUUUAUCUAGCAAAAUAAAAAUGGAGGCCAUAGUUCAUAGUGGAGAACAAAUUAAACCAUUUUGGUGUAUAGAUCAUGGCCCUACAAUCUAACUGCCAAAUUCUCUGCUGCUUAGGGUAAUUAUGUUGUUUUCGAUGCAGCCUACAUGUAAAAAUGUUUCAAUCCGGUAUUACAAAACAUUGGGUUUACUGUAGCUGUACUUGUCUCCUGCUCUGUUAGUUGAACUUUAAUCCCCCAUUUUAGGCUCCUGCGGGUUAAUUGCAGAGCAGGAGAGAAGACAUUCUAAAUUAAGCACACUACAUAAAUCGCAGGUCAGGUGAGGCUAGGACUGCAUAUGGUUUAACUCCUAAGUGGAAGAGAAUUGAGACGCUUAUUGAAGUUAUUUGAUUUAUAAAUCAUACCACUGCAGUCUCACUAAAACUGUUUUGGUGCUUAGUGUCGCUUUAAAUACUAGACUCACUCACUCUUAAGUUUGGCAACAUGUGAAUUUCUAAAAAUAACUUGGGGUCUGUGUCCUUAAAUGAGUCCUUUUUGUUCAGUAGGGUGCAAUCCAGCAUACAGCACCAUUUCAGCUUGUCCUCAGUCUAUUCACAUUAUGUUCCUGGGACUGGAAUGCCUGAAGUCACAACAUGUCACUCCAAGUCUGCAAUCACUGUGGAUUACAUUUUCUACUCCUCUGCUAUGGAUGAUAUUUUUGUUCCGCCAGGUAAGCCCCAAAUAAGUUCAACAUACAUUUAUAUAUGCAGAGUAAGUAAAAACCUCCAAAGCUUGAUAUGUUAAAGAGAACAGUCACAAAUAUGUCGUCCCCUACAUACUUGCACAGGUAUACAUACCCUGGAAGUAUUUCUUUAUAGAGAGGGUAGUGGAUGCAUGGAAUAGUCUUCCAGCUGAAGUGGUAGAGGUUAACACAAUGAGGGAGUUAAAGGAUGGGUGGGAUAAACAUAAGGCUAUCCUAGCUAUAAGAUAAGGCCAGGGACCAAAUGAGAGUAUAUAGAAAAUUGGGCAGACUAGAAGGGCCGACUGGUUCUUAUCUGCUGUCACAUUCUAUGUUUCUAUGUUACACAUUAACACACAGAUGCAUAUAUACACACUGAUACAUACAAAGAUACACACUGUGACAGAUCUAUACACACACAGUGACAUAAUCCCAUAAAUGUUUAUAUUUGCAGCCACCCUCCUGUUAGCUUACCUUUCAGUGUAGUGGUGUGCUGCAGCUCCUGUCUCUCUCCCAUCAUGCUGCAUGUGUGUGCCUCCUUCGCCGCCGCCUUCCCUCCAGCAUGGUGCACUCAGCGGCUGGGAGAAAAGGAUCAGCUGUCUCUUCCUCCCAGCCAUCAGAUACUGCAGGGGCCCUGGUCAGGCUCUUAAAGGGCCGUGGCACCUGACACCCUGGUAAGCAAUAAGGCAAUAUUACCCAUAGGGUGGUCCUAAGUGCAUGGGCCCCCAGAGCUGGUGGGCCCCAGUGCGGGUGCACUGGCAAUAGUUCUGCCACUGGAUAUCACUGUUCAAUUUUGACCACCUUGGAUGCAUAGGGUUCUGGAUUUACGUUCUCCAGUAAAAUGUUUGAAUUCCAUUCACUGCUACAAAAAAUAUCUAAAUAAUUGCACCAUGUACUGAUGUCAUUAAACUUAAAAUUGAUGCUAUAUACUUACUGUCACUUUUUUUUUUUUUUUUUAUAAAAAAAUAUAUACUUGCCAUCAUCGGUUUUCUAGCUAAUUGUUAUUGGUAUUGUUUUGUUUUUUCUUCAGGUGGCAGUGUGACUUGUAAUGGAUUGAAGCUUCUCGGAAGACUAUCUCUACUCACUGAACAGGAUCUAUGGAGUGUCAAUGGGCUACCCAACGAAAACAAUUCCUCCGAUCACCUUUCAUUACUAGCCAAAUUCAGGCUGGAAAUAUGACUCCGACUCCAAAAAGGAUUUUCGUUUUCUUUGUCUUAAUUUAUAUUUUGAGUAGGUUUUAAUAAAACACCUGGAUAAAACUUAAAGCCAGGAUGAAGGACAAAGAUUUGUUUUAGAGCUCCUAUUUUAUUAAUGUUUUUUGUUUUGUCUUUAUCCCUUUUUAAAAAAAAUAAAAAAUAAAUAAAUACAUUUUUAAAAAAAAAUGUAUUUUUGAAUUGCACUUGUUAGUGCUGGUUUGUAAAGUGUUCUAUAAAACUGCUGUGUAAAUAUUUUCUAAUCAUGUUUUAAAUGUGUAAAAUAAAUAUUUUUGGUUUUUCCUUUUGUCAACCUAGACAUUUGCAUACUGUUUUUAUUGAGCAACCUCUGGUACUGUACAUAGUUUUCCUGUUGUCAAAAAACUGCUUGGGCUGACCUCUAAAAAUGUAAGAUACUAGAAAGACCGGUUGGAUCCUUGCAAAAGCAUGUUUAAAUUUUUUUAUAUAUAUAUUUUGCUGGACCUAUUUUAAUUCGGCUAUGUGUAUGCUAAACUAGGAACUCUGCAGACAAGAUGUAAACCUUUUGUGUGAGGUAGGUUCAGUUAAUACAGAUUAUUGCAUUGAUUCUCUCCCAUUUAAUUGGCUACAUAGGUUUCCUCGCCGCUUAAACAAAAUAAAAAUCAAUUUGAUCAUACUAUCUUGUGAUCUGUACAUUUAUCUUGUUUGUCUAGCAUUAUGCAUUCAUGGGCUUGUUUGUACUUAUUGUGCCCUUAUUGUGUUUACUUAAAGGGUACCUGUCAUAGUACGUACAACGUAUGUGCAAACUUAUAGAUUGGGAGAAACCACAAUUGUAAAAUAGGUUCUUCUAAUGGGGAGGUACUUGACCCUGGAGCAGACCAGACGCGUGGCAUGCAUGCUCCUGCUUAUAUGGUUGAUUUGGGGGGUGCUAAUCUUGGCCAGCACUCAAAUCUGACUGACUAAUAAAAGUGUGCUACCUGGGUCGGGGCUUUCCUGGACGGACAAACUAAUACCCUACUCGUGUCUUACCACCACCGGGAACCUGAGCAAGACUGCUGCAGAUGGAGCAGGGGAGUGGUGGCCAAUCUUCCUGCUCUACAUACUCCGACACUGCACUGCUGUGCCCCCCACCCCGAGUGGGGAAUAUCCCAGUCCCCACUGGACAGUCUUGAACGGCUCUGCCAUACUUAUUUUGAGCUCCAAACUGCUCCUGAGCAAC